CUCUCUCUCUCUUUACUCUCUCAAUAGCCAUGGCCAGAGGAGGAGGAGACGUGACGGAGACUCUACUGAAAAAGUCCAGAGAGAAAGGUGGAGAAGAGGAGGAUGAGUUGGGGAUGAUAGAGAAGGUUUGGAAGGAAUCUAAGAAGCUAUGGGUUGUGGCUGGACCAGCGAUCUUCACGAGAUUCUCUACGUCUGGACUAUCUUUGAUAACUCAAGCUUUCAUUGGCCACCUUGGCUCAACCGAGCUGGCUGCUUACUCCAUCACUCUCACCGUUCUCCUCCGUUUCAGUAAUGGUAUCUUGUUAGGAAUGGCUAGUGCACUAGAAACACUUUGUGGUCAAGCCUACGGAGCAAAACAAUAUCACAUGCUUGGGAUUUACCUCCAAAGAUCAUGGAUCGUCCUCAUAGGCUGUACCAUUUGCCUCAUGCCCAUCUACAUCUUUUCUGGUCCUAUCCUCUUGGCCUUAGGUCAAGAGGAAAGCCUUGUUCGUGUGGCUCGGAUCAUAGCUCUAUGGGUCAUAGGCAUCAACAUCUCCUUCGUGCCAUCCUUCACUUGCCAAAUGUUCCUUCAAGCUCAGAGCAAGAACAAGAUUAUAGCCUACGUGGCUGCUGUCUCACUAGGGGUCCAUGUCUUCUUGUCGUGGCUCCUAGUGGUUCAUUUUGAUUUUGGGAUCUCUGGUGCCAUGACCUCGUCUCUUGUAGCUCAUUGGUUGCCUAACAUUGCACAACUCUUGUUUGUCACGUGCGGUGGGUGCAAGGACACGUGGAGAGGAUUCUCUUGGUUGGCUUUCAAAGAUCUUUGGCCUGUUUUCAAACUAUCUGUGUCUUCCGGUGGCAUGAUUUGCUUGGAGCUAUGGUACAACUCGAUCUUGAUUCUGCUCACUGGAAACUUGAGAAAUGCUGAGGUUGCUCUUAACGCACUUGCAAUCUGCAUCAAUAUAAAUGCACUAGAGAUGAUGGUAGCCUUCGGCUUCAUGGCAGCAGCAAGUGUAAGAGUGUCAAAUGAGAUCGGGAGUGGAAACUCUAAAGGGGCCAAAUUUGCGACAAUUGUAGUGGUUUUGACAUCACUUUCAAUAGGAAUCAUCAUCUUCUUUGUCUUCUUGUUCUUAAGAGGAAAGGUUUCAUACAUUUUCACAACAAGUGAAGCUGUUGCCACACAAGUAGCCGAUCUUUCUCCACUCUUGGCCUUCUCCAUUCUCCUAAACAGUGUUCAACCUGUUCUCUCUGGAGUUGCUGUUGGAGCAGGAUGGCAAAAAUAUGUCACGUACGUUAACCUUGCUUGCUAUUACUUUGUUGGAAUCCCUUCUGGUGUUUUUCUUGGCUAUGUUGUUGGUUUGCAAGUUAAAGGUGUUUGGUUAGGCAUGAUAUUUGGAAUCUUCGUUCAAACUUGUGUGCUUACCAUAAUGACUAUGAGAAAAAACUGGGAUCAACAGGUGGCUUCAUCGUUGAAACGUUUGAACCGUUGGGUUGAACCAGAACGCAGAAGUCAAAACCAAACUUUACAAAAUGAAUAACUGUGAAGAAUGAACUUAAACAAACUUGACUUUGUUUGUAAUGGAAUUUUGUUAAUAUACAUUAUCUCUAUUUCCCUCACUUCUGUAUACAAACUUAUAAAGUGUAAAUGUGAGACACGUUAACGAA